AUGCACUUCAGCACCAUCAUUGCCUCUAUUGCCGCCCUCGGCAUGGGCGCCAACGCCGCACCCGCACCCGGAACAUACAACCGAUAUGCUCAACUCCGCCUCUACGGCGAACCCGGCUGCUCAGCUCAGAACCUGGGCGAGCUUGGUAUCUACGAUAUCAACAAGUGCCAGAGUUUUGGUGACACCGACGUUAUCAGAUCUGUCUCAUUUGAAAUGAAUACUCCUGGAUGCACCUUGCACGUCUACAACGAUAUUACUUGCCAUCUCAACGACCAUGUUGUCAAAGUUCGCGAGUGCCUUGCUGGUGACAAGAGCUAUGGAAGUUAUGAGCUCCGUUUCGCUGAAUCCAACAUUGCCCUCGCUCAUCUAAAUUUCGAUUUCUCCCUGGCCAAAUUUGAAGCUCCACUUGAACUUCACCCGCUUGGAAAACAACUUUCAAAAGCCAGACGAGAAUCUGCAGAGGACGGAUCAUUUCACAUUCUCGCCCGGCGACUCGGUGUGUUGUUUGACGAUGUCCUACCAGAUGUGCCAACACUCCUUGAGGCAUAUGGAACCCGUGCUAGCGAGAUUGUACAGGAGACCAUGCAGAGCAUGGACCGCCCCAAAGUCAUUGUCGAUGCGUUCUUCGGAUCACAUCUUGGUAUUGACUGCACUACAAUUUGGGCAAGUGCGACGAGCGGCAAAUCUGUACUCCGCAUCCAUCUUCUUGCGUGUAUCCUGGCUCGCAUCUGGUCUCCUCAAGAAGCGACGGCCAUUUGGGUAGAGCUUGUUAGCCAACGACAAAGGAUUAUCAAGAAACAUGCCCAGUCUGCCGAAAUUGCCGACAACUAUCUGGCUCAACUAGCUGCCGCCCACGAAAUUGACAGAUCCUCACUAGGAAGUUGGGAUGCAAGCGCACGCGCGUGGCUACAAGUUGCCGACCAGGGGCGGAGAAAAGAGCAAGUUCAAGCUCAACUAAUUGUCAAUAAUCUCUCCGUUGCUGUGAAAUCUCAGGUUUCUUUGGAUCAGAACGUUGGUUCCAAACCAAGUUCCUAUGAUAGCGUGUUGCUGAACCUCAACCGUGCCUUGACCACUCUGGACAAAUUGAUCAAAGGCGAGCCCCAGAGGAUAACUGACGGGGGAAUUCUGCUUGGUCUGAUCUCGUGGCACUUAUAUCCGGACCUUGUUGUUCUGGGUUCAAAUACAAUGGAAAUUCAGCAACAAGACCCGUUGGUUAAACCGGGUGGAAUUGUCACUAUUUCAAUAGCCCCUCAGGCCAAUCGUGGGGAUGGAGUAUACUGGUCUUUGCCAUUAUCCAGUCUCCGGUAUUAUGGAACAGUCCAGCGAGAGCGGUCAACCAUGCGCGACUCCAGAAUAUCUGUGGCGCAAUUUCAAGCAUUGUUACUUGGUGCGUCUUUGGGUGCGGAUGAUGGUGCAUGUACCGCCGCCGAAAUCCUACAGAGUCUCUGGAAGGUGUACUACAAUCUCUAUCAAGCGAAAUUGUUUCAAAUGGCCGAAAAGCCCUUGGACCUGUCGGAUGACGUGUCUUGCUUUAACGUGGUAGACUUGCUACAAGACGGCCGGCAGUCGCUGAGAGAGCUCAUGAAAAUCUUGCAACUUAUUUUUCCAUUGAAAGGCGGUAUAGAGCUCCUACUCUCCAGUGACCCCAGUGAGGUCAAGAUGGCAAGGCAGCUCAUGCGGUACGGCAGUAACUACGGCAGGUCAUGGAUUGGAAAUACGAAUAGUUCCACUUCCAAUUUUUCUAUAGCCAACUUUUCAUCCUUGCUUCACACGGUCACGACUUCGGAUGCACGGGUUCGAGUACUUCGUGAAAUAUGUGCGCAAUUGGAGCUCCCGCCCUCGGACUAUGUGAUUCGCUUCAAAGACGCGAACCAUCUCUGGGCCUAUGCCUCAAUAGCAGCUGAUAGUUCCGGGGUUGUCCAUGGAGGAAUGAAAAGAAAACGGGAAUACUUUGAAGCACAGGACAUCGAGUAUAUCCGGCCCCUCGAAAUUCCGCCUGGAGAAAACUGGGCCUGCAUUGCUACCCUUGAAGCGUCAAAAUGGCACGGUCCGCAGUCUUUCCACUCGGGCUUGCAGGAUGAUAUCUUCACAGACCUUUUAGAAGAUGACCCUCAGACUAGUCAGACUGUUAUUUUUAAUUUUGCCUUUGGGGAUCACAGCCUUGCGGCCGUUUAUACGAAGCAAACAAGUCCCUCGGCAUCUCAGGAACGAAAGUUUUCUAGUGAGGUUUCCCUCAAAAUGGUCCAGGGCCUUUUGGCUAGGAACCUGCUGAGGCUCGAUAUUGUGGCAGAGUACGUUCUGCACCAGAUCGAGACAAACCAGCCAGCUCACGGGAAUUCUCUCCUUGCACUUGGGCGGGUUAUAGACUUUUAUAAGAGUCAUCUACCUCAAGCCACAGUUUCGAUGGGAGUGAUCAAAAGUCCCCUUAACACUUGGAAAUGGACACUGCCGAUGGUCGAAGAACUUGAACUUUUGAGUCCACUUGCAGACCAGCAAGCACGCGAGGGUAUGAUACCAGAAACUAUCUAUCCCAGCCAGUUAUCGCGCGGAUAUGCAUUUGCGGCAAUUUUACAAUUCGAGUCGGGUACUAUUAGCGUGGAUGUGUCUGAUCUCAACGCGGUGCUGGCAAUAUCGAGUUGCAACUCUCUGUUCAUUGCCGACGAAAUUCUUCAGGAUCCAACUCCUCCCGCAGACUCAUCGUCAUGCGCAGUCUCUCACGCAUUAGGAAAUAUUGGGAAGCCGGGAAUAGCCCUUUUGAUUUCUCCGCCGGAGCUCGACAUUCGCAAACAUGACCUUGAGCGGUGGCAUUUUGUCAACCAUAAUCCAUUUGAUGGAGAGCUUGCUGAAGGCCAGUUUGAGGGCACAUCUCUGCAUCCGUCUUUCACGGGCUGGCAAGGACCUCUCAGCGUAGGCUCAUCCAGCUACCGGGAGAUGGAAGCUUAUUAUGUGGAAACAGUAGUCUCUGUCAAUGACGGCGGUGAAUGGGUGGGCGAUUUGGAUAUUUUGAAGGGUCUGGCGGACUUGAAAAUGGGAAGAUACGAGUCGACCAACUCACAGUGCUCACAUGAUCCGAGCUUCACAGCGGCAGGCGUGGGCAUGAUUUCCAUUGAUUGUUGGGAGGAAAUCCUUGAUCCUCCGGAGGGCUUCCUGGUGCUCCGUUCAACACCAGGCUCAUGUGACAGAAGUCGAUACUGGCAGUGGAUGGUCAGACUAGCCACAGUAGGCAUUGCAUCCUCCCGGAAAUAUGAAUGCAUCUGCCUGCCAGUGGAUAGGCAGUUCUGCUGGACUUGUGCGGUUGCAAAGCUUCGCACUGGCCACGAGCCCAAGGUUCUGUUUGUGUGUUAG